AAGUCUCCCACCAAAACUGACCAGGAACUCAAGCUCAGGGCACACAAUGUAUUUGCACCCAGGGCUGUCCAGCUUCCAGAAGCGUUGAAGGAGCUGAUUGACGACCUUCGUGAUCGUCCUCGCGAACACAUUUCGCCUAACGCCAAAGAGCUGGUCAAGCUACAACCGCUUGCUGCCAACAGAGCGGAGAAGGACGGCUUCGACAUCAUCCAAGACAAGCUUCUAUACGAACGUGCAUACAGGAGCACCACUGGCCAGCUUCUUGAGCCUGUCGUAGAGCUCAAUCUUUCACCGCAGUACCGUCCGCCGCACAACUUUUCCGAAUAUCCCGAUACCAAAUGGAUGGAGAAGCCGGUUCCGGACCGUGCAUUUGGAUAUCUCACUAGGACAGACUUUGAAAGAGCACCGUCAAUCUUUCAGUCUCGCGACCUAGCCUUUACCCCCGAAGAGGAGUUUGUCCUCAAUCAACUCGGCCCGCUAUGCGAAUACAUUCAUGCUCCCUUCUUCACUUGUCAAUGGAAGGCUUGUCGCAAUGGCGGAACACACUACGCUGCACAGUUACAGGCUGCAAGGGACGGUGCAACCAUCGUUAAUUAUCUCAAGCUUCUAUCCCGCGCCGCACUCCCUAGCCAGGAGAUCGAUAUCACCCGCGUUUGUCAUUUCUCAAUGACCUGCGAUCUAGCAACCGCCUACGUUUACCUCCAUUGGCUGAAUCCUAGCGACGAAUUCACCGGCUCUCCAACCUACGAGAUGCAAGUUAUUAAACAGACCUUCCUCAAUUCGGAAUCCCAAGUCCUUGAGCUGCGGAGGCUGUUACGCAACCUUUCCGACUGGGCUUUUGAGGUACGCCUGCCUUGGAUCAAGUCUCUCCUUGCUGCA